AUGGGCUCGACCGAAGGACUAUACGCCAAUGUACAAGCUGCAUCAGAGCGAUGUGACAUUGGCGAGACUUCCGCUGUGACAGAAUUUCACCAAGCGCUGCCUCAAUAUGCCCCCACUCCAUUAGUCCCACUACCAGAGCUCGCGAAAGAAAUUGGGAUUCGAGCCGUAUAUGUCAAGGACGAGAGCAAUCGAUUCGGUCUCCCCUCAUUCAAGGUUCUGGGUGCAUCCUGGGGCUGUUUUCGUGCAAUCGUCCACCAUCUGGGCCUUUCUCUGGCCUCAAGUUUACCAAAAGUCUCCGCUGAAGCGGUUACCGGUGGUCUUAGCCUCGUGGCGGCCACAGAAGGGAAUCAUGGACGAGCAGUGGCUUUUAUGGCCCGCCUUCUGAAGAUCCCUGCCCGAGUUCAUGUCCCUUGCUCAAUGGACGUAUCUACACGCAAUCUGAUUGCAGGCGAGGGUGCAUGCGUGGUGAUUUCACAAGGGGACUAUGAUCAAGCUGUACACGAAGCCUUCCGUCAGGCAAAAGAGCUGCCCGGUGCUCUAUUCAUUCAGGAUACCGCCUUUGAGGGCUACACAGAUGUCCCUGCCUGGAUUGUGCAAGGGUAUUCAACGAUGUUGAAGGAGAUUGAAGAGCAGCUAAGCCUGCUUGGAGAGAAAGCAGAUUUGAUGAUCACCCCCGUUGGAGUUGGAAGCCUUGCACAUGCCGUGGUCCAGCACUGCAAAUCAAGAGAAAAGCCGGUAUCAGUCGCAACGGUUGAGCCGGAUUCUGCGCCGUGUUUAUUCAUGAGUCUGCAGGCCGGGAAACCCGUCAACGUGAAAACUUCCUCUACAAUCAUGGACGGCAUGAACUGUGGAACUGUCUCGACGACGGCGUGGCCAGACCUGCACCGUCUUGUAGACUUUUCCAUCACUGUCUCUUCACAUGAGAGCCACGAGGCGGUUGAAUUUCUGUCUCAAAAUCAGAUCUUCGCUGGUCCCUGCGGAGGCGCGUCACUAGCUGCGCUGCGCCGUCUUUCAACCCACGUCGCUGCGUCACUGCCACUUUCGAAGAACUCCGUUGUCGUUCUUCUCAGCACUGAGGGCUCUCGUAAAUACUCCUUGCCGUACGACGUAAGAUGA